AUUUGGAGGUAUGAACCGGUCAAUGGAGUGACAAUGUAACUGAUAUUGCUGGUACAGAUGGUCGCAUAACUUUGAGAACAAGCUUUUCAAAUGGGUAUGCCUGUAAAAUCAGAUCGGAGACAAAGUAUCGAUCAGACGAUAAUACAUUUCAACAAAACAUCGACUUUCGGACAGAUGCUUGAUUCACUCCGUCGUGUUGCCAACCAAAUGGGAAUAUGGAAUGAUGAAAUGCAUCGCGAUCUACCGAAACGGUGGGAGAAACACGGGAAUAUGAUUAUCUUACCGCAUAACUGUUUCAAACAUCCGAAUUGGAGGCUGAUGGGCCCAAAACUGUGGGAAAUGGUAACAGAAUUACUUAAUACAAAUCGUUUGGGAAAGAAACGUAUAAUUGAAGACGAUGAGUUCCAUGAGCCUCAUAUCGAUCUCUUGUAUGGAAAGGACGGAUGGGUGGAACAUAUUGAUGGCGAUAUCAGAUUCCUUUACGACGUCACAAAAUGUUUCUUUAAUGUCAACAAUGCUUCAGAGAAGCAACGCAUUUCAGAAUUCGACUGCCAUCAGGAAGUUAUCACCGAUAUGUUUGCUGGAAUCGGAUACUAUGUAUUGCCUUAUUUGGUAAGUGCACAUGCAAAACAUGUCUAUGCUAUCGAAUGGAAUGAAGAUGCCAUUGAAGCAUUAAGGCGUAGUUUGCAGAGUAACGGUGUCCAGGACCGCUGCACAAUCAUUCAAGGCGAUUCCAGAAAGGUAACACCGCAGGGUGUAGCAGAUCGUGUCAAUAUCGGAUUGCUACCAUCAUCACGACCGUAUUGGCUGGCUGCUUGUAAAUGUUUGAAAUCAACAGGAGGAAUACUUCAUAUACAUGAAGCAAUCAGGACAUCAAAACAGCAGACUGGUAGUUUGGAGCUCAAUGAUAAACCAGCUGCAUGUUCCAAACUCAUAAGGACCGAAAAUGUGAAGCCCAUGAGCGAAGAGACCGCAAUGAAUAAAAUUACCGAUGUUAAAAGUAUUGGUACCGAAAACAAGAUUACACUGGAAAAAAUUGAUAAAAAUAAAAGCGCCUUCUUCAGCAAAUCAAUAGAUGAUUGUCCUACGGAACGUGAAGAAACGAAUACAACAACAUAUGACAGUACAAUGAAAAAAAGGAAAUUUAGUCGUUCAGCAACUAUAAUCAAAGAAAUGGAAAGUCGUGUCAUGCCAAAUGCACGAAUUGAUGAUCGCCUAAGAGAGGAAAAGUGGUCAACGAUUAGUCAGAUCUUACAGAACUUCGCCAUGACCUGUGCUAUAAAUUGCACUCAAUAUCUGAAUAAUAUCCAUGACGAGAAGGAUAAAGUUUGGACAUGUACAAUAUUAGAAGUGAACAUAGUGAAAAGUUACCAUACGCAAACAGAUCAUAUUGUUGUGGAUUUGUUGUGCAAACCGGAAGAUGAGGAUGAAGUGAAAUGCACUGGACUUCAGACUCAAGCUGAUUGUGUUUAAUUCCUAUUUCUGUUGUUACAAUAUCAUUAAAACAUGUGUCAUAUUGAGCAUGAAUCAAACAACAGAUAUUAUUAAAUUUGCUUUUGAAAGGGAAUCUGGA